AGCUCGGCUUCAGAGAGAGCCGUGACUGCCACUCGCCGGCUGUGCUCCUCAGGAAGCCCGGGUGGGUUUAAAGGGACCAGGACAGCAGCAGGGCAGUCAUGGAGGUGCUGAAGGCUUGGCUGCUUUCCUCCUGGGUGGUGUGGGGAACUUUGGGCAGCACUGUCCAUCUCCACAAAGCCAAUGACCAGGGCGGCAGGUGCAUUUAUUCCUUCUCCGUCCCCAGUGGGACUGAGGCCAGCUGUGCUGACCCAGGAGAAGCCAUGACAGCGAUCCAGGGUCUCCAGCAGGCGAGCAACGCCCAGCGCCUGGAACUGGAGUCUGCCAGAGCAAGGCUGAGCCUCCUGGAGAACCUGGUCAACCAGCUGCAAGGAAGCCAUGCGGCAAGGAGCCCCUCUCUUUCCAUGGUGGGGCUGCUCCAGUGGGAAGUGGAGAGCCUCAAGAGGGAACAAGCCAAGAGGGACACUCAGGUCAGCCGGCUGGAAUCCACCAUCGGCAACCUCCUCCAAGACAAGUCUGCUUUAGAGGAAGACAAGAAGUGGCUGGAGGAAGAGAAGAAUGAGCUGGCCAAGAGGCUGGAGGACAGCCUUCAGGAGGUGGCUCAGCUGAGAGCAAGCCAACACCCCCAGGCUGGAGAGGCACCCAGCAGGGACACCCGCCAAGGAUCUCCAGAAGUUUCUACGUGGGUCACAGAAAAUGUGGACUACCAAGAGCUCAAAUCAGAACUGAUGGAGAUUCCUGCACCCCAUCUCUUCCAGGCAAGCCCCUCCCCCAGCCGCCCUAGUGCAGAAGCAGAAGUGUCAGGCUGUGGAUCGCUGCUGUGGGUUGGUGAACCAGUGACCUUACGCAGGGCAGAGACCAUUGCUGGCAAGUAUGGUGUAUGGAUGAGGGACCCACAACCUGUGCCUCCAUACACCCAGGAGACAACUUGGAGAGUUGACACCGUUGGCACAGACGUCCGCCAAGUCUUUGAGUAUGAUAAUACAGACCAGUUCACGAAAGGCUACCCUUCUAAAGUGCAUGUGUUGCCCAGGUCCAUGGAGAGCACUGGAGCUGUUGUUUAUCAGGGUUCACUCUAUUUUCAGAGGCGCAAGUCUAGAGUUCUGGUGAAAUAUGACCUGAACGCUGAAGUCAUUACAGUCCAAAAGGAGCUACCCAAUGCUGGCUACCAUGGGCAGUUCCCCUACUCAUGGGGUGGAUAUACAGACAUUGACCUUGCAGUUGAUGAGAUGGGGCUGUGGGUGAUCUACAGCACUGAGAAUGCCAAGGGGGCUAUUGUGCUUUCCAAAUUGGAUCCAGAAACCCUAGAGAUUGAGCAGACAUGGGGAACCAACAUCCGCAAGCAGUCAGUGGCCAACUCCUUUAUGAUCUGUGGCUCUUUGUACACCAUCAGCAGCUACUCAUCCCCUGAGGCCACAGUAAAUUUCACCUACCACACUAGAACAGGCACCAGUGCACCGCUGAACAUCCGCUUUGAGAACCGCUACAGAUACAGCAGCAUGGUAGACUACAACCCCACAGAGAGAAAACUCUUGGCUUGGGACAAUUUCAACAUGGUUGCCUAUGAUAUUAAGCUUUCCAAGAUGUGAUUUGCUUGGAGAAGCUGGUAGUGGGAAGAUAUGACAGGCCAGUAGAGCUAACCCAAGGCCUGGACCAGAACAUCCCUAUGGCUGACCUUUUCCUCCUAAUUGACAACAUUGGGCGCAAGCCACACAGACGUUCUUCUGAGCAAGUUCCAUUGAAAGUAAAGGGGAAUAGUGUAGAGAUCACUACUAUGGAGUUCCUAUUGCUUUUGCCCAAUUCCUAUUGAUUUCAAUGGAGAUUGUGCAGGAGAACGUCCCAUGGAUUGUACCCCAUCUCUCUGUUUCCCACUCUACUGCCCUUAAUGGCAUCCAGUGCCAUUUGUUUCAAAUGGUAACUUGCCUCCGUAUACUACCGUCUU